AGAUUAGUAGGCGUGCCCCACUCCCAGUCUGGCUCUGCUGCUGCUGCUGCAGCUGAUCAUUGUUCAUCAAGCAUCUCAGGGACUGCAGGUCUAUAAGGUCUGUUGGAGGGUCCAUGCUUGUUGUUUCCAAGAUGUUUCUCGUCUUCUUAGCGGUGACCCUGAGCUUUGUGUCCACCUCUCCGACCAGAAGAUCUGAGAUCCCUGAUGACUUCAUCCCGGAUUCCCUGCUGGACCUUCCUAGGGAGGCGGACAGUCUGAACGACAUCUUCAAGGAAGUGGGAGAUCUGAUUCGGGAUUCCAACUCUAAGCUGGAGAAUGCUGUGAAAGAGAUGGAGGCUGAAGAAUUUGCGGCAGAUAGCGUGACCAUGAAGGACCUCCCACCUAAUUACCAUAAUGAGACCGUCAAGGAGACAAAAAUUGGGAAUGACACCAUCAUCACCAAAGAACUAAUUAACAAGGAAACGGACAAUAAAACGGGAUCAACGUACUUGUCCAAGACCAUCGUAUCAUCCCUGAAAGGUGGCGACAAGAGAGAGCAUGAGUGCAUUGUGGACGAGGACUGCGGUCUGGCCGGCUUCUGUCAUCUGUCAGACUUCGUCUAUAGAUGUCUACCGUGCAAGGAACAGGAAGCGUGCACCAGAGAUGGCGAAUGCUGCGACGGGCAGCUGUGCAUCUGGGGUCAGUGCAAGAAAUCGGAGAAGGGGGAGAGCGGUGCCAUCUGUGAGAAGCAGAGCGACUGCGACCCUGGCUUCUGCUGCGCCGUACAUUCAAGUCUCCUCUUUCCAGUGUGCACACCUUUGCUGGUUAAGGGCGAGGAGUGUCAGACUCCAAACCCACUCCUUGAUAUAUUUUCAUGGGAUCUGGAGUCAGAAGCCCCUAUAAACCGUUGUCCCUGUGCCAGCAGACUGAUCUGCCAGGGUGAGAGGGACAACUUUGCGCUCGUCUGUGAAGAACUUCUCCUGCAGAGCAAGAGGGAAGAGACCAUUAACCUGCCAUUUUUCACCGCCUUGCCAAUGGAGGAGAUCAACUACGAAGACGGCAAUAUUUCACCCACAGGAAUCGGAGCCGAUCCCAGCUUUCCCGAAGACGAAAGAGAUUUAAUCGAUUCUGAACGUCCCUUUGUGGACUACAUCUAGAGGACUUAUUAAUUAAUGAAGGACCUCGGGGGUGGGGGGGGGGGGGUGGAUUGAAGAACUGAUCACUCAGAAAUUGACACAAAUACUCUCUAAACUGGAAAAUUCCGUUAUAUCACGAAUAACUGGGAAACUAUUGCUUUGGUUGGCAUGCCACAUACACGGGGUCCUUUCUCAAGUCAUUGACCCCCUUCUGACCACAGAUCCUUCACAUGCCAUCAAAUUGACCUACUACAAAGAACGCAUGGGAUACAUCUAGCUUAAGUUCAAAGGGGUUGCAUUUUGCUGUAAUUAUGGAAUUUGGCACUUUACCCCGUGAAAUGAUACAUGAAGCGCCGAAUAAUGCCUAAAGAUAUAAACAAAGAACUUCAGACUGCUUCUUCUGCAAACAAAACUUUAUUGUGCAAACAGCAGGCACAUCCUACUUAAUCCUCUCCUAACGUGUUUCGCCC